GUCUUCAGCGGUAAAUCCAGGUUUCAUGUUUUUUGGGGGGGAGUGUAAAGUGUGUUAUUUAGUCGUAAACCCCUCCUCUCUGUCGUGGAUGUGGGCUUCAUCAUGGCUAACUUUUGGAAUACGGAUACCGGAGACUCAGUGUAUCGGUCCCGAGAUUCUGUCAAAAAUCUGAAAAUAAAAGUACGUAUAGAGAAGGUGACCACCGCAGCAGCACUCUCUCAGCACCUUCAGCACCAGGUUCUGUCCAAACAAGAAGGCAGGAGGGACAUUGAACUGAAGACCCUCACAUCACAAGYCCAGACAGGUGAUAAUGAAGAGGAAGUUGUCGUGGGCUGGCAGGAGAAACUCUUCAGUCAGUAUGAAAUGGAGCUGUUUCAGAAUGAGGCAGCAUGUCAGACACCUUUGGACCACCAGUACCACGCAGAAGUYAAGGCCCUUCUUAAGGCUAAGGGCCAGCGUAAUCACAGGAUCUUCACGUACACGGCUCAUGACCGCUACACCAACUGUCUGCCACUCCAACAAAUGGAUUCUGAUUUGCUGUUCACAACAAAAUCGAGUCCCACAUUCCUGGCCCAGAGGAUGGCCAGCAUGAGACACCGACGACAAGAAAGACGCACCACGGAUAGCAGCAUCCCUAAGUCAAGAAUCAUCAAUUGGGAGCCCACAGAGGAGUUUGUGAGCAGAAGUCACGUGGUGAAUAACRCCAUGCAGACCAUGCACAUCAUGGGAGACCUGGGCCCACCUGAAAUGCUCGGGCAGAAAGAGAACGAGUGUUUGUUGGCAACUAUAAAAACAGACGGCAGCGGAACCAUCAUUGUAAAGCCUGACUUCAACAAAGGCAAAGAGCCUUACAGGAUUACUACAGAGGGCGAGAAAAGAGAAGUGUGGCGUCUAACUUUGGAGAACGUAUCCACAGCCAUGAAACCAGAGGAUAAAGAAAGGGAGCAGAACAUGUACAAAGACCUCUAUGGGAAACACAAGGAGUACCUCAGUAGUCUUGUUGGACAGGACUUUGAGAUGCCUCCUGUUGGCACUCUGCGUUACCUGAUGAAUGGAGAGAUUGUCUCAGCUCAAGGUUUUGAGUAUGACAACCUAUUUAUCCGCUUCGUCAUGGAUCUUCCCAAUAACUGGUCCAGCUUGCCAUGUCAGCCUCUGUCAGGAGUUACCCAAACCUGCCGAACCAAAUCRGUGGGGAAGGAAGACGUAGCUUUCUUCAGCUUCCCCUUCAACUUUGAGGCUUUUUACACGAGUGAAAAAGAGAGUGAAGAAUUAAUCGCCCAGUGGCCGGUGCUUUACUUCAAGGUUCUUUCUGUUGACUCCUGGCAGCGCUAUCGGAUUGAGGGUUACGGCUAUCUGGUUUUUCCUGCUCUGUCUGGUAAGCACACAGUGACGUGUCACAGCUGGAGACCUGUUCAGAACGGGACGGUUUCUGAGAUGAGGCGCUUCUUUAUCGGAGAUGCUACAGAGCUCGAAGAGCUCAGCUACGUUCGAGUACCUGGAACCUUUAAGGGGGAGAGGCUGAGUCGCUUUGGUUUCAGCACCAAAACCACAGGAAGCGUCACCUUUAAUCUGCACUGCCUCCAGCAAGCCAGAGCCUUCGUCGACGCUGCCGUUGUGAAAAAAAGGAGAUUGAAGAUUGUGGACCAGCUGGGAGGAAUCAGUCAGCAGGGAGACGUCUGCAAUGUUUUGGAGGCUUUCCAAAGAGCCUACAGGAAACUGCAGGAAGCCAGAGAAAGUCUUUCCCAAGAUCUCAUCUGCUCCACCUCCCAACUCCAACUGGAAUCUUCUGCAGGGGAUUCCAAAAAUUUGUUGAAAUAAGAAGUUAUAUUAUCAUAUUUUAUUUAGCGAGUUUUACUCUUAAAUUAAAUCAUCCUGAUGUUUAGCUGUGUGUCUAUAUUUAGAUACUAAGCUUUAUGUCAGUACGACUAACAGUUCUGAUAUGUAUUGUUUCACCUGAACUUAACUUUUUGUAGUUACUGUUUCAGUUAUUGUUUCAGAUUCAAGAAAUCACAGGAACAUAUUUACUUUUUAAAAAAGUGUAAUAUUUUUUACUUAUCAGAGUUAUUUUUGCUGUCACAUAAAAAGGUUGGAUUUUCA